AUGCCUCCUCGACCGACAGGUAUCCCGGCCGUCCUCAAGCCCCGAAGACCUCCCCGCUCCCGUCUCAACCCGGCACCAGACGACUACGCGGCGCCCAACUUCGCCGACAAGGCCAAGCUCGACAUCUACGCCGGCCCCGGCGGCGCCGGCUGCAUCGCGUUUCUCCGCGAAGCCUACUUCCCCAACGGGCCCGCCAACGGCGGCGACGGCGGCCAUGGCGGCAACGUGUACAUUCAGGCCGUCAGCGGCGAGACCUCCCUGCACAAGAUUUCCCGUCGGCGCUUCGGCGACGACGUCGUCAUCACCGUGCCCGUCGGGACCGUGGUGAGAGAAGUGAGCCGCGAGGACCCCGUCGCCGAGGAGGCCAUGCUGUCCAAGAUUCGGCGCGAGCUCGUCGACCCGGACAACCCGGACAAGGACAAGUGGGUUCUGUACCCGGGCCUGUCCAAGAGCGAGUCCCGAAACAUCGUGUUCCCCGCCUGCCCCGCCGCGAGCGCCUCUUCGCCCAGCCCCCGGCCCCAUACAGCUCGACCUCUGCCGCCCCACCCCGCACCCCGUCCUCCUCGCCGCCGGCGGCAUCGGCGGCUUGGGCAACCCCACUUCGUCUCGCGCGAGCACCCCCGGCCCCUCUUCGCCACAAAGGGCGAGGACGCCGUCUCCCUCAGCAUCGAGCUCGAGCUCAAGCUCCUCGCCGACGUCGGCCUCGUCGGCCUCCCCAACGCCGGCAAGAGCACCCUCCUUCGCUCCCUCAGCAACAGCCGCACCCGCGUCGGCAACUGGGCCUUCACCACUCUCCAGCCCAACAUCGGAACCGUCGUCCUCGACAAGAACUCGGGCCGCCCCGCCGUCCGGUCCUUUGUCCGCUACCCCGCCGCCCCGGAGCUCGGCCUCCCCGAGGAAGAGAUCGCCGGCGCGCAUCUCGACCGCGGCCUCGGCAUCGCCUUCCUCCGCCACGUCGAGCGCGCCCGCGUUCUCGCCUUCGUCCUCGACCUCUCCGCCGGCAACGCCGUCGCUGCCCUCAAGGCCCUCUGGAACGAGGUCGGGCUCUACGCCCAGAUGCGGGAGGAAGAAGAACGUUCCCGCGAGAUCGACGCCCGCGUCGACUGGCGCCUCACCUCUGAUCUCUCCUCCGACGGCUCCCGACCCCGGGCGUGCCACCACAUUGCCUCCAAGCCAUGGUUCGUCGUCGCGACCAAAGCCGACCUGCCGGAAACGCAAAACAACUUCCGAGAGCUCAAGGCCUACAUUGAUGAUGUUGGGGCUGGCGCCCAGCCCCACCCUACCGGCCUCGAGGGCGCCUGGACGAAGAGAUGUGCCGCGAUCCCCGUCAGCGCGAUACAUGGACAAGGCGUAGAAUCCAUCGUACACUGGACCGUUGGACUUCUUGAUGAUAACGAAUGA